GGCAUCUGUCCUCUGGAAUAGCGACACCUGGACAAUUGAGUUGCCCCAAUCCUGGCUUUGAAGACUUGAGUUUUUCCUCAGGUUAGGGAGAGUGUGCCACUGUGGGGAAUUUGUAUUUAUACGUGUGGUAUUUUCAUUCCUGGAUACACUUUCUUCUGGUUUGGAUUGUUUUUAACUGUAUACCUUUUUAUGAGUGGGAUGGCCUAUAGCUUUGAUUUGUAAGUAAAUAAAUAAAUAAUCAAGGAGCGUAUAUUUGUUCAUGAGGAAUUAUGAGGUAUGGGGAAUGAGGGGAAACUCUCAUUUUAUAGAAGAGAUAAAUACUUUGUGGGUGCUUGUUUCUUUUGCAGGAACACUAAAUGAAAGAAGUCGUCUUUGUCUGGUAAGAUGAGGGAGAAGUUGGUGAUAGAGCUGCCAGGGGGAUAAAAAGGGUGCUUCCAUCCCAGUCUAUGGAAAGAGCUGCUUGGUUGAGAGUUUUGGGUAAAGAGAUAGAGAAAAGAAGAAGGUACAUUGAGAAAAAUAUAAAUAAGUGCUCAACUAGUGAUUUUUGGGAAUUCCCAGAGAGUCCAGUUAGAGGCCACAAUGGAUUUCUGCUCCAUUCAUGGAUACUGCUAGACCUAAUCAGAUUUUGGCCAAAUAAGUGAGUAAGUUAAUAUUAUCCAGGGCAAAGCUGAAGUCAUAGAUAGACACACUUUGCUUUUAUUUUGUUUUGUUUUACUCCCUAUCAGCGCUGUGCUCCAAACCUAUUUGUUGAACUGGAGUGCAAAGGGAUAUUUCCAGGGCAGCAGCAUGGACCUUCUUGAAAGCAAGAUGACUGGCCAGCAAUUGUCUGCUUCAGAGCAACUCAAGUGGGUGCAAACAUUUGCCCCGGAAACAGCAUGUUGCAAGAUGCAGUAAAGCUUUAUACACUUAGCAAGGAAGGGACUGUUCUUCAGGCUGGGUCCUACGGACUUUCUACACUGCCAUGCUACUAUAUCCUAGGACAUACAAUCAAGAUGAAACAGAUUUGGUGAAUUAAGCAGAUCCCCUGAUUAUAAUGGCUCACAGAACUGUGUGGUACUGGAAAGUAUAAGUAUACUCCAAAGAUCUGCUGGACUUGAAUGUUGGCAAACGAUAUGGCUAGUGGCUGCUUGCACACCACCAUCUCUCUUGAUUCUCUCUGACUACUUUCUGGGGACCCAGAAUAGGAUGGGUGAUGGACUUGUAAAGGGAGGUGCUAAUCUCCAUGGAGCCUUCUGUUCUUCCCACCCCGUGGGUACGGAAUCCUGCCAGGAUCAGGAGGCUGCUUCAGGCAUCCCAAAGUUCUAUGCUUCUCAAUUCUAGCCUAGACACCAAGCCCAGAGAUGUGGCCUCCAAGUCUGUGGGUCUCUUCUUCAUGCUUUUGAUUGAUUUGACAGCUAUUGUGGGCAAUGUAGCCAUUAUGACGGUCAUUGUCAAAACCCCAGCACUGAGGAAGUUUGUCUUUGUGUUCCACCUCUGCUUGGUGGAUCUUUUGGCUGCUAUUACUCUAAUGCCUCUAGCCAUGCUGUCCAGCUCAACUUUCUUUGAUGGCACAGCCUUUGAGGAUGCCAUAUGUCAUGCCUAUCUCUUCCUGAGUAUUUGCUUCAUCACCAUGUGUAUCCUUUCAAUCUCAGCUAUUAAUGUAGAGCGCUACUACUAUGUGGUGCACCCCAUGCGCUAUGAGGUCAAAAUGACUGUAAGCCUGGUGGUCUGUGUCCUGGUUGGGGUUUGGAUCAAGGCAGUAGUUAUGUCCAUCAUCCCCAUCCUGGGAUGGCUUUCCCAAGACCAUAUCAAUAGAUCCCUAGCCUACAAUGGACAGACCUGCUCCUUGCAGUGGAGCCAAAGUGCCUACUGCAAGUUUUUUGUGAUUUUCUUUGCUGUUUUCUACUUCCUCCUGCCGGUUUCCAUUAUUUUGGUGGUCUACUGUAAUAUGUUUAAAGUGGCCCGAGUAGCUGCCAUGCACCAUGGUCCACUCCCCACUUGGAUGGAUACCCCACGGCAACGAUCAGAAUCUCUUAGUAGUAGGUCCACAAUGGUGACUAGUUCAGGAGCCCCUCGAACUACCCCUCAGAGGACGUCUGGGGGUGGGAAGGCCGUCAUCAUCCUCCUAGCAGUGGGGGGACAAUUUCUCUUCUGCUGGUUGCCCUAUUUCUCCUUCCAUCUCUACUCGGUGCUGAGCUCCCAUUUUCCUGGCCAGCAGACGGAGAAUGUGGUCACUUGGAUUGGUUAUUUUUGCUUCACAUCCAACCCUUUCUUCUAUGGAUGCCUCAACCGACAGAUCAGAGGAGAGCUCAGCAAGCACCUCACCUGUUUCUUCAAGCAACCACCAGAGGAGGAUCUCAGGUUACCCAGCAGAGAAGGCUCCAUUGAGGAGAACUUCUUGCAGUUCCUGCAAGGAACAGAUUGCCACGCUGAGGCCAGAAAUGCUCUUACCCAGCCUAGCCCCAAAAGGGACCAAGCUACCAUUGAUUUCCGGAUCCCAGGACAAAUUGCAGAAGAGACCUCAGAAUUCCUGGAGCAUCACAUGAACAGUGAUAUCACCGCCUCUGAUAACUACAUCAGAGCAGCAUGCUCACCGAAGCCUGAGCUGUAGCUAGGUUUCUUCUUCUUCUUUUUUUGCACUUGACAAUCUUGAUUUAUUGAUGUGUGAAAUGCAGAAUAUAGCAGCUGAGGAAGAAUGUGUACGUUUGUAUAUGGGGGAGUAUUUAAUAAAUACACCAUGGCAAUUGGAACCCUUUCUCUCCAACGUGCUGCUCAAGUAAACCCACACACAGACAAUCAGCUGCUAUUAGUAUCCAGUUAAUUUCAUUUAGUUUUGACUUAUACAGGAUGGUAAUUGCUCACCCGCCCCAUCAACUCAUUCUUAACCUUUGUAGUUGGAAACAUCUCUAUU